GAAAAGAGAAGAUAUACUAGCUUUGCUGAGGAAACAGAGAGAAGAAAGGAUUGCAAAAGAACUGAUUUCUAUUCCACAUAAACCAAAGAUCAAAGCUGAUGAAGUAAGCAGGCAGAAGGUGUCUGAAGCAGACCAUCAGGAUCACGAAGCAGUGAAGGCCCUCAAAUAGUUCAGCUAAACUCUGAUGAAGACAAUGAAAUGUUUCUUUGCUCCAGAAAAAAUAUUUUGUUAUCAGAACCGUGCUGCUCUGGACUUCAAGCCAUAGACAUGACGGACUGCAAAGCCAUGGCCUUAGUUCAUAUCCAGGAACUUUCCGACUCCUGGUGACCUGGAGUGGAAUGUCUGCACAGCUUUUUGAAGGAUCUUUUUCUGUUGAAGCCCGCAGCAGGCUCCUCUGCACAACUUCAGCUGGAGAGAGCCAGGGAUGCCGGAAAGAGGAGCCGGCUUCCUCGCCAGCAGGAACCAGGAGGGGAAAUGCCGGCUCAGCAGUUAUUCACCACUGUUGGAAGCCAAGUUCUCUCCCGUUUUCGGUCUUCAGACGGUGUCUGAAAGGCAGCCGCGCACCAGCAGCCCGCGGAGGGGCUGCAGCGGGAGCUCCUGCCGCUUCCCCGCCGCGGGUGGCGGUGCCAGCGCCGCGCACACCUUGCCGGGGGCCGGGCGGCUGGAAGGGGAGAGCUGCGAGCCCAGGAGGAGGAGGAGGAGGAGGAGGAGGCGGCUCCUCCCUAUCCCUGCCCUGCCCCAGCCGCGGCCGGGCGCUGCGGGGAGCCGGGGCGAUGCUGGCGGCCGCGGCGCUGGGCUUGGCGGCGCUGGGCUGGGCGGCGGGGGCCCGGCUGCCCGGCGGACAGACAGUUUGCCGGGGUGGAACGCAGCGACCGUGCUACAAAACGGUUUAUUUUCACGAUGCUUCACGCAGGGUCACCUAUGAAGAAGCGCACCUUGCUUGCAGGGCUGAUGGUGGACACUUAGUCAGUAUUGAAACUGAAGCAGAGCAAGGACUGAUUCAAAAAUUUAUUGAGAGUCUCGUAGCUUCUGAUGGAGAUUUUUGGAUAGGGCUUAGGAGGAAAAAGGCAGAGGUGGACAACAGCACAGACUGUCAGAACCUCUAUUCCUGGACGGAUGGCAGCUCAUCCAAGUUCCGGAACUGGUAUGUAGAUGAGCCGUCCUGUGGGAGUGAAAUCUGUGUUGUCAUGUACCACCAGCCAUCUGCCCCACCAGGUGUUGGAGGUCCUUACAUGUUUCAAUGGAAUGACGACAGAUGCAACAUGAAAAAUAACUUCAUUUGCAAAUAUUCUCUUGAGAAGCCGACAACUGCUCCAAAAGAGAACUCUCCGAUAGAUGUCACAACAGAGCCCUUCAAUCCGGUAUUCCCAGAAGAACGCCCUAAGAAAGAUGCCAAUGUAACAGUGAAAGGAGCCAAAGAACCUGUUCAGAGUCUUGCCUACAUCCUCAUUCCCAGCAUUCCCGUGCUGCUUCUCCUGAUGGUCAUUACAGCCAUCUUCUGUUUUUGGAUUUUUGCAAAGAGGAGACGGGAUCAAAUGGAAGCAAGCCCAAAGGAAGAAGAUGCCUGGCUCUCUAAUCACAGGAGGAACAGUCCAAACCUGGAGAUUUACAAAGUAAUCAAGAAGCAAUCUGAAGCAGAUCUGGCUGGAACCAGACCUGACAUUAAGAAUUCUUCCUUCCGCACGCAAGAAGAGCAGGUGCUCGACAGCUUCUCCAGGGAUUAUGAUGAUGUGGCAAUGAACACGUCGAGCGGCUUUGUGACGUUGGCUAGUACUGAAAGUGGUUUUGUGACCAAUGAUAUCUACGAACUGUGUGGAGAUCGUGUGGGGAGGAGCAAGGAAUCAGCCUGGGUGGAGAAUGAGAUUUAUGGAUAUUAAGGAAAUGGACAAAAAAGCCUGAAAUGUGGAUGACAGAGUGAAUGUCAACACAAGUUAACCUGCCCUCCCCAUGCACUUGUUUGAAAGAUAGCAUAUGGGAGGUAUGCAGGUUUUGCAUCAUCCCUGUAUUCUUCUUUUUCUCUGAAAGAAUACGGGUUUUAAAGAUCCAAACUGGAAAGUAUUUAUAUAUCUUGCUCUGCAUCAAACCCCCAUUUUGCCCCAGCAGUAGCUCAAGUCUUGAUUACUUUUUGCACUCCAAAGAAGAGAGUAUUAAUGUCCUUGAAAUUAAAGAACAAUACAAAAUACCUAUUUAUUUAAACUGACCCGCACAUCUUCAGAGGCACUGAAAGUCAGAAGUCAAUCACUGGGCACACUUGCUUUUUCCUAGGUGUCCUAAAGGAAGCUGCUGUGGUUGCAGGGUGGUCAUCCUUCCUAUGCCAGCCUGUCCCAGCUGUGUGGCUUCCCUACGACCCUGGCAGGCACUUCAGUAGGAGAGUGCUCUGGUUUCUACUCCUUUCCCUCCUAGUUCUUACUGCUAAGGUAGCAUAUGUGAGUCAUAGCACAGAAGUGUGUUAUUUGCACCUUUAAGCUGGUUUUUAAAGAAUCUCAGUAAGUGCAAUGCUAAGUGUCCCCUCACUUGUCUUUCUGGGAAAAGGAAUCACAAAGCAAGCAAUGGGGGACGUCACUCCAACGCUCAAGGAAGAGAACGGUGUACUCCAAAGCUUUCUGGUCUUGGAAAUUGUUAUUGGAAACUACUACAGCCUGCUUAGCUGUCCAGAGAUGUGCUAAUUUGGCUUAAGUGACAGACAGCAGUUCCUUUCUUGUAGUGCAUUAGGAAGUGCAUCAGGAAGAGGAGAUACCAGCAUCUCCCAUACAGGCUUGUAAUUUGUGAUGCCACAUAGUAAAGAGCAUCACUAUAUAUGUUUGAGAAGAAAUGCUGUGAAUGGGGGCGCAGGAGCAACGGUGACAACCUGGGGUCAUAAUUAACUUGUUUUUGGUGAGGUCUUUCGGACGUGCUUUGUUCACGAGACAUGGUCAGAUCAAUGUUUGUGUCUCAGAAAUAAGGCCUGCCUACAACAAUCUCCAUAGGAACUUGCACCUAACUCCUGUGGCAAAGUCAUUUGUCAGUGCAGCUAAGUAGGAGAGGAGUUUGGAUAAAAACAUAGAUUCAACUCAGUGUACUGAGCUGGAUAUAUUCAAGGCAAAAUCCCAUGUGCUGCUGGAUAUGGGCUUGCUUUACCUGAACGCCGCUGUAAAAGUUAGCCUGUGGGAAGCUGGAAGUACGUGCAAUUUUCAAGGCUUCUGGAAAGAAUGGGAAGGGAAUUCAGAUGUAUCAAAUAAGCACACUAGUUGCAUAAAGGACUAUUUUCUGUAAGAUGUUUGAUGUCAGUAUGAGGCUUGCAAAACUGAAAAUACACUUACAAAUACAAGACUCCCCCACUGAAACAAAAAGGCACAGUCCAUUCCCGUGCUCCCCAGUUGCUUCAGGCUAUAGACAGGCAGCACAGUGUUGUUUUGCUCUUCUGCUUUUUAAAGGUGGUUGUCCUUACCUGCGCACACUGGUGCUAAAUGAAUGCGUGGGGUUUGGAGCACAAGUUCUGCAGCAACGGGCAGACUUUGAGGCCAAGUCAGUGGCCACGAUGUACUGAUGGUAGUAUGGCCUCUGGAAUUUGAUUUUUUUUUAUUAUUUUUUUUAAGUACAAAACUAGUCUGAGUUUCUAAUGUGAAUUGAGACCAGCUGUUAAUACUGAAGUCAGGAACAUGCUCGGAGGCUUGCAUUCAGAGCUGCACAGAUUCUUGCUGGAAAUCUUUGCAUGCUCAUAGCUGUGUGUGUAGAAAGCUUUGUGAGGUUAGGCCAUUAACAUUUCUGUUCUGUCUGUUCUGAUGUCUCAGCUGUUUCAUACAUCUUUAAUAUAUUCUGAAGGCAAAUAUGUUCAGCUUUGAGUAAAGCAGCUCAUUUUGCUUUGUCUGCACUUAUUCUGUUUUCAAUUACUUGAGCAAUGGAGCUGUUUCUUAACUGGUGUUUUUAUUUGACUGUAUCCCAUUGGACUGAGAGAGAAGUGGGAGUAUCACACAACCGUGUCAAACACUGGGAAGCUGGACAUCUGCGUUGAAGAAAAAGCAGUUAGGACAUUCUGAUGUAUUUGGGGCCACUUGGAUUCAGUUCUAUACUCUAUCUGAUCUUAGCCACCCAGUGCCUCAGUCCCAUACGACAAAUGAGAAUAACAGCAUUUCACAGACUUCCAGGAAUGCUUGGAAUUGGAAAAUGAGUGACUCCGAACUGAUUUUGAGACUACAGUAAUAAGGCCUUGUAAUUGCCAGAAUUUUAAUUUUCUUGUCCAGCAUAUCUGUGGAGCAAUUUUGAAGCGUGCCUGGACUAAGUCAUUAUGUAUUUAAAAACUUGGUAUUAAAGACAUGGUUUGAUUGAACGGUUCUGGUACCUGACCCUCUGUAUAGCAAGUAAUGUUUUGAUCCUGUUGGAUCAUGUUCAACCUUUUCACAAGCCAAAUAAAAAUAGUAAAUUCCUAUUUACCGAUCUAGAUUAAAAAAAAAAUAAACCUGCUAUUCAGUAUUAGUUGCAAUUAUCAACUUUUCAACAAAACUUUUGUCUAUAGGUCUCAAGCAUACAACUUCUGAACACAGUGUUUACUGCAGUACUAGUCACUGAAGGUUAUCCUUAGUGUUAUGAUUUAACAGCCAAGGGAAAUUUUCAAGCUCUGUAGCCCUGUCCAAUCUUUAUAGCCCUGUUACAUCUUUAGUUCAGAUUUACUGAGUGGGGUCUUAAGCAGUCCUGAAGGUUGUCAUGUAAUUCUUGGUCAUUUCUCAACCAAACACGCCUAUUUAAGAGCCUGCAAUAGUGGGGCAAGGAAAGAUUUCCAUAAAUCUUUUUUUUUCCCCAGUUGAAUGUUUUAAUUAAGACUUUCCCUGGUCUGGGUUACCUGGUGUACACAGCAACGGACAGUAAAUAUGAUGUGGUGAGGUGCUAGGCUUCUACUGGGUGAGUUCUGCCUGAGGGCAUAAAGGAUGCAAUGCAGAGCUAAAAGAAAGGAGCGGGUUGGGGCAACCUUGACACUAUGAAAUGGUUACUGAGGCCAAAACUAUUCAGAAUACAUAACUCAGAUCAUAAAACAUUGUAGCUGCUUUGUCUUGCUUUACAUCAAGAAAUUCUGAGGACUUUCUAAACUCUAGGUUUUGGAUCAGUCUUUUGUUUGUUUUCUUUCAUUAGAGACCAGGUAAUGGAGGGAGAAUGACCAAGCAAAUAAAGCAUGCCAAGCAGGAACAGAAAUAUCAUUCACCUAUUGCUCUGCAGGUGAAUAUUCCCAACUCUGAGAGUGUCGUUUUGCUUACACACAACUCUGUAAAGCAUCUGAAAUGAUUUUAGCUCUUGACAGAGUUCACUCAAAGUUUGUUCUUCAUCGCAUGGAAAUAAAUAGGAAAAUGAAGCAAAACCGAUUUGCAUAGGCCACCAGGAAGCAAAGAUGUGCCAAAAGCUUUGGCAGAAAGUGUUUUGUGGGACUGAAACAACAGCAGAACUGAGUGCAGGACGUGGCUGUGAGCAUGCUCUGCCAAUAUAAAUACUCAGGAAGACGUUUUUGGGGCUGUGUGCUAUUGCUGUGUAUUGCAAGCGUGGAAAUACUUCAGUCAUUUGCCACAACUGCUUCUCCCACUUCCUGAAUGUUAUAGGCAAGGGUUCUGUGCACAACACUUUUUCUGCAUACCUGCAGCGUAACUGUGUGUGUGCCAAUCUGAAGCUGCUCCUUCAGCAGGCAGCAGUACAGCAUCAAGCCUUGAAACAAAGAAGUAAUUCUUAAAAAACAAACAAACAAAAACUCUUCUGCCUGUUUUGAAAAUGAUACCCAGUUAACCAUGUCCCCUGAGCAGCAAAAUCCUGGUGAAGGGGAGUUGCUGGGUGCUACCAAUCUUCAGGUUUUCUAAAGCAGUGAUCAAUGUUUUUUUAUUAAGCAAUUGUGUGUAUCCACUUCUAGUCUAGCAGCCUUGGUGUUUUGUCUUUCCCCACCCCUCCCCCCUUUUGGCAGGCUCUAAGCAUCUUUUAGGCAUUGAAAAACAGGAAAUGAGAGAAAAAAACUCAAGCCAGAUGUUGGAGCUUAGGUGUGUAAACAUGUAAAGCCUUAUUUUGGCAACUAAAUGUGUGCCCUAGUCUUUGAGUUACUGACUUAUCAAAGUCAGGCAAACUCAGCUGCAUGUGCUCAGUGUCUCUGAAGUCAGGCCAGCUACUUCACUGCAGAGAUAGAUUAAGUAGGUAUUAAGUCAUGCACAAGUGACCCAAAUUAGUGCUUUAUUAGUAAUGGGGGCUGAGUAAGGCUAUUUAUGUCCUUUCCUCAUUUUGUGCACACAGGUUGCAUUUUCAGAGGGUUUGUAUUGUUUAAAUUGUGUUGGGCUGGAAAUUAACGUCCAUGGUGUCCAAUCACAGUCACUACUUUUCUUUUCUCAGGGGUCUUGUCUGAUUUUGAGAUUAAAAAGGUAAGCAGAAGUGUGAGUUUGUUUUCCCUCCUAUCUGAAUUUGUUGUAAAAACAAAA